AUGUCAUUCCGGUGCCGGAGCUCGUCAGCAACCUCGGCCGCGUCGCCGAGGCCCGCCCUCAUGGCGCCAGGUGGCCAGCCUGAUGGCACCCUGGCGCAGAGAUGGGCCCAAGCACCUUUCCAUGUGACGACGGCUGCGGACGACGACCGCGGACGACAACAUGCUGCGUGGGGGAGGUCCGGCGGUGGGGAGCAGCAUGCUCUUCCGAUCUCGGCAUGGGCCGGGAGGAAACGGGGGGCCGGUGCCGGGGAGGCAGGGGAAGCAUCGCCAGGGGGCAGCGUGCUGCAACCUCCAUCUGGGCCCGUACGCGCGGGCACCGAUGCCCAUACAUGUGCUUAG